GAAAGUGAGGACAAAUACAAACACGAACCGGAAUUUUUCUUACCAGCGCAAACGGUCUGCAAUCUACCGCACUGUUUAAGUGGAGCGUCACCCCCUCCCUUUUUUUUAUCUCUCAUUCCGCUUGCGUGAGCGGCCGCACGCAGGCUUUGUCAAUUACACAUGCUGGCGGAGAGCGCUGAAGCACUUCUACGCACGCAAUAAACGGCCAAUGAACGUAUCGCGUGAGGAGGAGCACUCGUUGGAGUCGCAAAUCGCGGAUCUGCAACUGUCAGCGUUGAAGGCGCUUGUGUACGAGAACUGCGCACACAACCGACGGAUGCACAGAGACUUGGAGGAGAUCAAAGCGCAGGUGCAGCAGUUGCUGCAACGGUCUUUGAGGGGCGACACACGCGCACCCGAAAGGCCAUGCGCUAGCCAGCACCCGAUCAAUGAGCACGCAGCGGCGUGCGGUAGCGCAAGUGUCACCUCGUCCUCCCUGACACCGUGCGCUGAGGACGGCGUUCACAUGUGCGACUACUGCUUCACGUUUUCUCCGCAUUGCUUCCCCUGUCCUCAUUGUGGCUGUGAGUGGUACUGCAGCGAUGUUUGCCAGCGUCUGCGUCAGCGCUGCCACGCGGCGCGAUGUCGUGCGUGUUCUCACCCCCAGCACGAAGUCGUCACCACAAAAUAA